AUGCCCUUCUACGGCCCUAUCCUGCUAUCCUCGUGUAACGUCUCGUCUUUUGGUAUCUCCUCCAUGCUCUUGAGACUGUACUGGGAGACACAGCAAACCUUCUUGCGACGGCACGUAUGGAUGUGCCAUCCUGGAGGAGCUGGACGACCUGUGCAACCUGAAUGGGCUGCAGGAGGCAGGGGUGGAUCACGAGGCGGCAGAGGAGGAUUCGGGAAUGCCUUUAAAUCAGAUGUUGAUGAAAAUGGCAACAAUGAGGAUAAUUCCUACAAUAAGGGUAAUGAUUCCUACAACUUCACUGUGUUAGUUGGAAAAGAGGUGAAGGCCGAGGAAGAAGAGGUGGUGGUGGUUUCCGUGAUGGUUGGAGGAGGAGAUGAGCCUUGGAGAGUAGGCUUUGGAAGAGGAGGUUUCAGAGGCCGGAAUGAGGAAGUGUUUUCAAAAGCCACAACAGCAGACAACAUGGAUAAAGGUGAAAAUUCCGGACCAAAAGUUGUCUACGUGCCCCCUCCACCUCCAGAAGAGGAGAGUUCCAUAUUUGCCCAUUAUGCCACAGGCAUUAAUUUUGACAAGUAUGAUGAUAUCCUUGUGGAUGUAAGUGGCAGCAAUCCUCCAAAAGCAAUUAUGACAUUUGAUGAAGCAGCACUUUGUGAUUCACUACGCAAGAAUAUUACAAAGUCUGGAUAUGUGAAACCCACUCCUGUUCAGAAACAUGGCAUUCCCAUUAUUUCAGCAGGAAGAGAUCUAAUGGCUUGUGCUCAGACUGGAUCAGGGAAAACGGCUGCCUUUCUGCUGCCCAUCCUACAGCAGUUCAUGACUGAUGGAGUAGCAGCCAGUAAGUUCAGUGAGGUUCAGGAGCCCGAAGCCAUUAUUGUGGCUCCCACAAGAGAGCUCAUCAACCAGAUCUACCUGGAUGCCAGGAAGUUUGCAUACGGGACUUGUGUGCGUCCUGUGGUUGUUUAUGGUGGUAUAAACACGGGAUACACUAUUCGAGAAGUGUUAAAGGGUUGCAACAUUUUGUGUGGGACCCCUGGAAGACUACUCGACAUCAUUGGUCGUGGAAAGGUUGGCUUGAGUAAAGUGCGGUACUUGGUUCUGGAUGAAGCAGACAGGAUGCUAGACAUGGGCUUUGAGCCAGACAUGCGUAAAUUGGUGGGAUCUCCAGGAAUGCCUUCAAAAGAAGAUAGGCAAAACCUCAUGUUCAGUGCCACUUACCCUGAAGAUAUUCAAAGGCUGGCAGCAGAUUUUUUGAAAGUAGACUACAUUUUUCUUGCUGUUGGUGUGGUGGGUGGAGCAUGCAGUGAUGUGGAGCAAAAAAUUGUUCUGGUGAACCAGUACUCCAAGAGAGAGCAACUGCUUGAACUGCUCAAAGUUACAGGGAAUGAGCGAACAAUGAUCUUUGUUGAAACCAAAAGAAGUGCGGAUUUCAUAGCAACAUUUCUGUGUCAGGAGAAGAUCCCUACAACAAGCAUCCAUGGUGAUCGGGAACAGAGAGAGCGUGAGAGAGCUCUUCGUGAUUUCCGCACAGGCCAGUGUCCGGUGUUGGUUGCCACGUCUGUCGCUGCCAGAGGACUGGACAUUGAGCACGUCCAGCACGUGGUGAAUUUUGACCUGCCCAGCAGUAUUGAUGAAUAUGUGCAUCGCAUUGGUAGAACCGGCCGCUGUGGAAACCUCGGACGGGCCAUGUCCUUCUUUGACCCGGAGCCUGACACACCAUUAGCUCGCUCUCUGGUCAAAGUUCUCGCGGGGGCCCAACAGGAAGUUCCCAAAUGGCUGGAGGAAAUUGCAUUCAGUGCUCAUGGAACAACAGGAUUCAACCCACGUGGAAAAGUGUUUGCGUCUACAGACACACGGAAGGGAGGAUCAUUCAAGAAUGAAGAGCCUCCACAAACAUCCACUCAGAGCCCUGCAGAUGAUGAAGAAUGGGAAUAACUGCUCUUCUGCUUUCUUUUAUCUUUCUUU